AUGUCGACAAUCCCCUCUACCAGUUCCUCCCAGAACCACUUGUCCGCCUUCAAGGAUCAAGCCAUUGAUGAUCCCUAUCUCUCCGCUCCAUCAGACCUAGAAGACUUCGGCAUUUCGCCCGUCUCGCCCGUCUCGGCUGGCAACCGCGUGACGGGGGAAUACCAGCUAGAUGCGUCCAACGACUUCGAUUUUUCGGUUUGCUCCGAUCCAGCCAUCCUCAGCAGCGUCCAUACGUCCCAGGGCGACGAUCUCCUGUCUUUUGAUGGAUUAGACGCUCAGUUGGCUUCUGGGUCGGGUGACAGCCUUGAACAGGGCACCACAACGCUACAAAAGGACGCGAUCCAUAUCCAAAAUCAUUCUUUUCCCAGUAGUGCUGAGAUGUGCUCCCAACUGCUCAGUCCAGAUCUCACCAACAACCCUAGCCCUGCUUCAGACGUCGCCAACACCGGACAGGACAGCAUGUGCCGCGGGAAACAACCGUCGAGACUUGCCAUCCCCGAACAUCGCCCCAGUAUGGCGUCCCUCCCGACGAGUUCUGGCGCCGACAAUCUGAAUAUAAACCCUACCCCGGUGUCGGUUCACUCCACCAGCCCCGUGGUGAAAGUCUCGAGCUAUUCUCGUGGGGAUUCACCCACGAGAGAAGACGAGCCCGCAAGACGUCGAAACAGUCAUUCAUCCAACCACUUGUCUCCCAGUCGUGGAUCCGAUGAUGCUGAUGAAUUUGACGAUGGCGACAACAAUGCGAACCAUGCGAUCCCAGAAGUCUCGACCUUGCGGUCGGAAGACGGGUCCUGGAUUCCCAAUCCGAUCACUGGCCAAGCGGGCAUCGACCCCUCCUCCCGGGGGGACAUCUAUGUCCCAAGUCCAAACGAAAUGCAGGAGGAGCGCCGGCUCGCAGAGAAGAAGGCAGAUAUUGAAAUCUGGUUUGCCUCCGUCAGCGCGGCGACCAGCCGCGGCAGAGACGAAAUGGCCCCGUCCGACACUCUGCGGGUAAGACCGACCAGGCGUCGGGCAAGAAGUGCGGGGGACACAUCCCGACAAGACUACUUCAGUUUCGACAAGCGAGGCGGCUUUUACUAUGAUGAUUCCAAUAUCCCCGGCCCGGGUGUCCUCGUAGACGAGGCCAGCGAGGAGAGCGAUUCGGAAAGUGAGCCCGAGUCCACCGACUCGCGUCCAGAAUCCCCAGUCGCAAGUGUUCAUGACCGGAUGGAAUCGACGAAGGAGGCAUCUCCCCCCGUGGACUCGGGAGACGCCCCAGAGGAUGAAGAGCCACUGCCCAGGCAGUUCAUUCGGCCGUAUCCGUGGCAGGAUCAUCCACGUUUCCCUGACCCCAUCGAAACCAGGAUGCAACCCGCAACGUCGCGAGAAGCUAUUGCGCGAUUCUUGAAACAGGCCAAGAAUGUCGAAACUGCAUCUCAUUCUGCGACUUGGGGAACGAAAAUGAUGAAUGACUCCGAGGUUAACAGUCUCCUGGAAUCGGACACCUUCUUCAAAAGCCUGUCCAUCAGCAAGAACAAGAAGCUAGAGAGAAGCAGCAGCAACUUGAAACGGAAGAUGUCCCAGUCAAGCCAGCGGCAGUCGAGCUUUGAAUCCGACAGCCACGAUGUCCAAGACAACAAAAGUGAAUCUUCAACAAAACCGAAACCCCAGCGCAAGCUGAGUUUUGGUCGACCCAAAUCUCCCUCCCUCGGAACGGGAAGUGUCGUGGCAGCUGCAAUUGCAGGGCAAGUGGCGGCCAGCAUCGGUGGCCUACAAGCGACAUCUCCCACUGCGGGCGUAGCUUCUCUCAGUCCUUCUUCUUUCACCCGGCGCGUUCGUGGGCGAAGCAAGAGCGACAUUUCAUCGAGCUUGAAACUCCGAUUGAUGGACCUCACGACCAGGGGCGGCGAACACACGGCUGAGAAGACGACAUCGCCUCUAUUGAAGCCUCCAUCCACUGUCGAUAGGCCACAACAGCAACACGAAGGUGCGGACGAGGCCCAUGACGAUGCGGAGGACGACGAUGAGUUGAUGGUGGAUGAAAAGGGCGUGGUGAUGGACUUUCCGCUCCCGUCCCAGCCCAUCAUCCCCACGUACGAGGGCUUUAAAGCGCAGAUUAGCCAGCUAAAUCCACGGAUUGCACCGGCCCUACUCCAUCGCUUCGCUCAGGAACAAGUACGGCGAUACAAGAAGCUGGUCCAGGACAAGGACAAGCAUGCCCAGGCGGUCAGCCAAGGUACCUGUGCAGCAGGCAAGCGAUGCUUCGAUUCCGGCGGCCAGGCUGAGUUGCUACCUCCUCGACCCAGCACACGGGAUCCCAGUUCGACAUACUGUCAGUUCCAGGUCCCGGGCCAUGAGAUCAGUGACGAUGAACCCAAUUCCGCCGUCGACGGCACCGUAUUGCCAGCGAUCUUCCCACCAGGCAUUCCAUUGCCGCCUGUGGAGCGGUUGCCUGCCGAAUUCGAGUGUCCUCUGUGUUUCAAGAUCAAGAGAUUCCAGAAACCAUCAGAUUGGACGAAACAUGUCCACGAAGACGUUCAGCCAUUCACGUGCACGUUCCCCGACUGCACCGAGCCGAAGUCCUUCAAGCGGAAAGCCGACUGGGUGCGGCACGAGAAUGAACGCCAUCGACAGCUGGAGUGGUGGACUUGUAACAUGCCGGACUGCACCCACAAGUGCUUUCGCAAGGACAACUUUGUCCAGCAUCUCGUCCGCGAACACAAGAAGCCGGAACCCAAGGUCAAGAAAGCGAGGUCGCCAGUAUCGGCAGACCCGGCAGAGAACCAGCACUAUGAGCAGGAAAUUGAACAGCUGUGGAGGCAGGUGGAUGCGUGUCACCACGUUACCACCAAGCAGCCUCAAACCGAACCAUGUCGGUUCUGCGGGAAUAUCUGCAACAAUUGGAAGAAACUGACAGUCCACUUGGCUCGGCACAUGGAGCAGAUUUCGCUGCCUAUUCUCAGAUUAGUUGAGGAAAUUCGCCCGAGCAAGUCCACCGCCUCCGAGGGAUCUCGUCCCCAGAACAUGCUAUCACCCAUCAGCCCGGCUACCCGAUCCCACGUCGCGUCCGACGCGUCAGCAGGCGUCAAGGUCGAGCAAACAGUGAAUGCGAACGCUGUUCCCGAACUUUACUACUCGGAGAAUUCCGGUCGAAAUUCAGGCCUGGACGCUUCUCCGUUGCCCAGCCAGAGCGGCCUAUCUCCCGGGGCACCUGCUCACUAUCCCGAAGCAGACUCGGCGAUGAGCAGGGCCUGUUUCCUGAAUCCUCAUCCGUAUCCGCCUGUCCAUCGCAACUCUGUGUCGUAUCCUCCUCCGUACAACGCCAUGCCUCCUCGACAGGCUGCCUCGGCCGCAGACAAUCAGUUCGCGGCGUCCAACCUGGCGUCGAAUCCCUUUGGAUUGACGGUCUCUACGCUGGGAGCCAACGCGAUCUACGACCCACAACAGGAACUGUAUGCAUCGCCCACGACUGAGAAUAUGUAUCUUUACCAAGACGGGGCCGUGGCGACGAUGCCUUACGACGGGUCUGGAGGCAUGGACUAUCAGGCCACGGCACCCGCACAGGGAGACGCCUUGUCUUCUUCAGCCGCCUACAUGCCACACCCUCAAUCAUCCGCCUAUCAGUUCCAGUAG